UCUACAGAUUCUUUAGAAACAACGUGUUUAAUCCGUUCAAAGUAUGCGUGACCCAUAAUUGGAUUGAGAGUGGGGAAUGUCUCAUAAAAUCCUCCACUGAAGCUACUGUUUACAGUACCAGCUCAGAACUUGACAACGUCACCUAACAAUGAAGACCCUAUUUUUUUUAACAUUCCUACUGGGGUGUUUUAUCCUGGCUAGGCCACACACAUAUCACAUGGGGGCUUGCCCCAUCGUGCCACCCAUGUCGGGAUUUCAAAUGAACAAAUUUUUAGGUGUGUGGUACGUAAUCCAGAAAACAUCGACUGCUAGCAAUUGCAUCACUUACAACUAUACUCGUGGAGAAGAACCGGGCGAAUACGUCAUAACGCAGGAUUCUAAUCACCCAAUAUUAGGUCUUACGCCAUUGAAGCACGAGUAUCAUUACACCGGUGAAUUGAGCGUUCCGGAACCGAGUACGCCGGCACGAAUGAUAGUUCGUUUUCCUCUUAGUGUAGCCGGAAGUGCGUCUCACGUAGUAUUCGCUACAGAUUACGUGAACUAUGCUGGUAUUUUUACAUGCCAGAAGCUGACGUUCGCUCAUCGUCAAAGUGCGACGAUCCUCUCCAGGCACCGAGAACUAGACAAGAGCUACGUGGACGACAUGCGCCAAUUUUUGGCCCAGUCCGGUGUGGAUCCUUUUGACUUGAGCAUCAUCUCUCAAUCUGGAUGUCCUCACGGCAACAAUAGUCUGGACAUCAACGUGGAUCCGAAUACUUUUACAGCUGAGAACCUUGGAAACGUGGUUCGUAAAGCUGGAGAAAAAAUCGGCGAUGGUGUCCAAUGGGUGGCCAGUGCAGGAAGCAAAGUAUACCAUAAAUUGUCCGGAAGUGAAGAGAAAAGUACUAGCAAACCUGAGGCGAACACCAGAGCAGCUAUUACGAGGAAUUACGAAACGAACGAAGUCGAAUGGAUUCCUUAGAUUCUAGAUUUAAGUUCAUUCCAAAUGCAUAAAUCUCGAUGAGGAUCAAUGCUUUUCCUCCUUCUUUCUAUACUCGUCCUUUUACUGUAGGGAUAUUCCUAUGUUUUGCUUUAACUUUGUCUGCUGAAAUUGUAUGAGAGAAUAAUCGAUCACAACAGCGUACGCUAUAAUUAGAAAUAGACGCGAGUCGAGAACGAAAGACAAUGUAACGAACAAAAUGAUAUUUUUAUUUUUUUAACGUGAUUGAAAUAAAAUGAAGUCCUAACGCGAAUAAAUAAAGUUUUCACAUAUGUAUUCCAUAAAAAGCUACUAUAUUUAAUAUAUAAUUAACUAUAUACUUUAAGAAAUAUUUUUAUAGUUUAAAUCUUCCAUACUUUGGCUUGAUGUUUCGAUUUUAAGCACACGUUAUAUUCAUGCUUCAUCUUUUUUAAUCAUUCUGAUAAAAAUAUGAUUUUUCAUAAACAUCCACAGUUUAGUUAUGUGGCGCGAGAAAAAGUAUGAAGAUCUAGAACUACUCUUUGUAUACAUAAAGAUAUAAAAAUAUAUAAUAAAGACACAAAAUAUAAAAAU